GAUUUAUCCCAAUCCGUUCCUCCAUCCUCCUCAAUUGAUCCAGACUGAGUCUAACUGCUUGGAUCGGUAGCCAGACUGGGUAGGUAGGGUAGGUACACUUGCUCCGUAAUCUUACAUGGUUUUUGAAUAUUCAAUUGAACAUCGAUUAUUCCAACAAAAUAACUUGGAACAGACGUGCAACAAAAUUCUAUUCACAACUCUCUUUUAAUAAAAAUUAAUCAAGGAAUUCUUGGGGGGAUUUGCUAUCAUUACACUGUGACCCAUUAGCUUGGCUGGGCUAUCAGUAAUCUAGAUUCUAGGUUCUCAAUACGAGCAUCUUUAACCCAAACAAGACCAGCUUCGAUUUUAAUUUUAAUUUCAAGGAGAGGAAGACGACCAACCAUCCGGCCAGCCAGCCAGUCGAUAGAAGCGCAACUCAAUUCAACGGCGAUGCAGUUCUCGUGAAAUCGAGAGAAUGUCCAUUUUACAAUCCAAGAACAAGAGACCUCAGCCAUUAACCGAUGCUGAUUAUGAUCAUGAAAUCGGAUUGGUAGAUCAUACAGAUCCAAAUGCGGUUCAAAGUCGGAGUCGGAGUCGGAGUCGGAAUCGUUCAAGAAGAGGGCAGGUCAAAAUUGAUGAUCUGCCAGCGAUUAUCGUAACAGAUUCGUCGUCGAGGGAUCGGGCUGAUGAGCCAUUGAGGAGAAAGAGGUCUUUGAGGGCGGAGUUGACAAGGAGGAAAUGGAAGAAAUAUAGGGAUGCGCAUGUUGCUGCAGAUGAAAUUGAAGAUACUCCUGUUAAAGUCAACUCGUUGGUUACCAUACCUCCAGAAGUCUAUGAUGCCGUUGACGAUGAAGAAAAUCGGGGCCGAAGUCGAAGAAGAACAAAAGCUCAACAGGAACGGGACAAACUGCCUUACGAGAUUGAUAUCUUAUAUGAAAACGAACGAGGGUUGAUUCUAUGUGGAUUGCAUAUGUUUUCUGGUCAAGCAUUGGGGGUUCUGGAUGCCGCGCCUUGGACAAAGAUCACGAACAAGCCCAGCUUGACAAAUACUUCGAAUGCUCAAGUACCGGAUCCAAGUUGGGAAUGGGCGUGGCCAGAGUGGAUUGUCAAUCAUGAUGAUGGGGUCGAUGAUGAAGGGUGGGAAUAUUCCUUCGCUUUCUCCAAGAAAUGGUCAUGGCAUAAUGCCAAAUGGUAUAGCUCAUUUGUUCGAAGAAGAGUAUGGAUUCGAAAGAGAGUCAAAAAGGGACAUAUGCCACUACAUGCUCACAUGCUUAAUGAUGAUUAUUUUACUAUACAUCCACCCCGUAGCAGAAGUCGCGCAACAACUCUUACAGGCCCCCAUGCUUUAGAGGCAGAUGGUCGAAGUCGGAAUAGUUUAGCAGCCUCUAGCCGCAAUUACGAAACCGAGUGGAAGGUCGAGGAAAUAAGUAAUAUUGCAACUCUAAUGAAAGUGCUGCGAAUUUGUCGAAUUGAUAGAGAGAAAAUGGAAGCAGUGGAGAGUUUCAUCAAACAUGGGGGCGAGGAAUUGCAUUAUCUAACAAAGCCAGAACACAUGCAUGAGAUUAUGAAUAUGUUCAUCUUUCAGGCGAGUAGGCGGAUCUUGCUGGCGAGAUUGAUGAAGGAAUUUGAGGAAUCGGGUGGAGAGGUUGAGGAGGGUAAAGUAGAAGAAGGGGAUGACGUCGAGGGCGACAGUGCGAGUAUGAAACACAGACAACGUGCCAAGAAUCUGGAAGCAGCACUUAAAGCUGCAGACGAAGAAGUCAAAAGAUUGGAAUAUUGGAGUGAUGUUCGACGUAUGGCCGAGAAAGGAGAAACGAUUGGGGCAGUGGAUGAUGAAAAAGGAUGGGAUGGGAAUUGGGAGGGUUUGGAUGGGAGUGGACCCAAAGAUGCGAAAUUUGAUGGGAAGGUCAUGGAAGGGAAGGAGGGGAAUGAAGGGGGAAGCAUUGGAGGGAAAGAAAAUGAGAAUAGUGAUAGAAGAGAGAAGGGAAAGGAACCUGCUCAAGAUUGAACGGGUUCGCUUAACAUAUGUCUGAAGUGAUGAAUGGGUUAUAUACAUAUGAAUGGUUCAGUCAGAUACAUGGAAUGACGGAUCGAUGGGUCUCGGGGAUGGCGUUUUCUAUCUCUUCGAUACCUUUGAUUGAAUUCAAAAGGAGGUGCAUAGCGACUUGGGUUUUAGACUGGAUUGUAUG